ACAAAAACCCUAACCCCUCAAAAUAUCGCGAUAAAUCGAUAAUUCCUGAAUCUGCAGCCUCCGUUUUUCUCUCCGUCGAGAAGAUCAAUCUCUCCCUUCUUUCUCUAAAUUUUAUGUUAGGUUUGGUGCAGCAAUGGUGCAGAGUGUGGAAUAUUUAUUUACUAAUUUGUCGAUGGCGUCGAAGGAUUUAUACUCUGUUUGGCUGCCGAGAAAGCGGAGUAAAAGUAGAGAAAAAAAACUAGAAGUUUACACUUUUACUUCCUGUUCAAUUGUACUCUCGGCCGUCUUCUCGGCUGGUGGCUGCCAAACGAAGUAUUAAUGUUUUAAUUGAGUCAGAAAUGCAGCUGCUUUUUUUUUGCUCUUUUUUUUUAAUUUCCUAUGACUAUAUGAGAGAGAUAGAGAGAGUUUGGCUACUGUUCUUUAUGGGAUAAAUCUCAUUGAGCUUGGUGAACAGUGUAACUUAUGCAUUCUUAGGGAAAUUGAAUUCUUGAGAUUUAAUUGAAAGUACUGGAUUAUAUCGCAAAUUCAUUGGCAUCUAUUUUUUCAAAAACUUGAAUUUACUAAACUUGCCCAAAUGCUCUGGAGUCGGAACCUGUGUGGCAUAAGCUUCAAAAUUGGAUUAACAUGUCAUUUAAAGAUUAUAUAUGCUGCAGGUUUUUUAUUCAUUCAUGUAUUUCUUUUUAAUUUCACUGUUCUUUUUUUUUUUUUUCGCUUGCUCAAGCUGUAAAUAAAAUGAUGCAUUGUUAUUUUGAUUCUGACUCUCCUUCAUAAAGGAUCUUGGAGGUUGGAAAUUAUAAAUCAUUUUUGUGCAUUCCUCAAGUUGAAGCAUUUUCUUUUGUUUAUGCUGGCUUAGACAUUAUCCUUCAUAUGAAAUACACAGCAUUCUUAAUUGUAUGCUGAAGCUUAUUGCUCUUUCUGUUAAUUGACAUGAGCCAGACUUAUUGCAGUUUGUGUGGAUUAAUGUUAAUUCACUAUGUAAUCAUUUGCUUACCAUCUAAUUCAAUUAUUACCAUUUUGCACGGGAUUGUCUCGCUGGAGCUGCCUCCAUGCUUUUUUCCAAAGUUGAUUGAUACAUUCAUUUUAAGCACUACCAUUUUCCAGUAUAUUGAUUUUGAUUCUUGUGGGAGUUCAUGCUCUACAUUUGUUAUGUGGACUUCUUACAAAUGUUGGUUGAUCUUCGCUAGGACAGAGAAAAGAGGGGAUAACGUUUCCUGUAUCAUCAUGGUUCGGGAAAAAGAUAUUUGUUGGGAAUAUGCUGAGAAGUUAGAUGGGAACAAGGUGAGGUGCAAGUUCUGCCUUAGAAUUUUGAAUGGUGGCAUUAGUAGACUAAAGCAUCAUCUAUCUCGGCUUCCUAGCAAAGGUGUAAACCCAUGCAGCAAAGUAAGGGAUGAUGUUACUGAUAAAGUAAGGGCUAUAAUAGCAUUAAAGGAAGAUGGAAAAGAAUCUUCUGGUACUAAGAAGACAAAGCCAACGGAAACUAAAUCUGUUGGAAAUUUCUCUGCAAGUAAGGCUCUUGUAUCUGUGGAGCCCACAUCCCCCAUUACUAAAGUUUUCCCUCCUAUCACAACAGUUGAACCUUGCUCUCUAAGUGAUCAAGAAAAUGCAGAGAGAAGUAUUGCUCUGUUCUUUUUUGAAAAUAAGCUGGAUUUUAGUGUAGCCCGCUCUUCGUCAUAUCAGCUAAUGAUUGAUGCAGUAGGAAAGUGUGGUCAUGGUUUUAGAGGACCAUCUCCUGAAACCCUAAAGACUACAUGGUUGGAAAGAAUUAAGUCUGAAGUGAGCCUACAAUCAAAAGAUAUUGAGAAGGAAUGGUCUACCACAGGAUGUACCAUCAUUGCAGACACAUGGACAGACAACAAGUCAAGAGCUUUAAUUAAUUUUUUAGUUUCAUCGCCUUCCAGAACCUUUUUCCACAAAUCUGUUGAUGCAUCCUCAUAUUUUAAGAACACAAAAUGCCUUGCUGAUCUAAUUGACUCUGUCAUUCAAGAUUUUGGCCCUGAAAAUGUAGUGCAAAUAAUCAUGGACAGCACCCUCAACUAUCCUGGUAUAGUAAACCAUAUUUUGCAGAACUAUGGAACCAUUUUUGUCUCGCCUUGUGCGUCUCAAUGUUUGAAUGUAAUCUUGGAUGACUUUUCUAAGAUAGACUGGGUGAACAGAUGUAUCAUACAAGCACAGACAAUUUCAAAGUUUAUAUACAAUAAUGCAUCAAUGCUUGAUCUGAUGAAAAAGUUCACUGGGGGACAGGAACUCAUUAGGACUGGUAUCACAAAGUCCGUUUCCAACUUUCUCUCGUUGCAAUCUCUCCUGAAGCAAAAGUCAAGAUUGAAGCAUAUGUUCAAUAGUCCUGAAUAUUCUGCAAACUCCUUGUACACAAGUAAACCGCAGAGCAUAUCCUGUAUUGCCAUUCUUGAUGAUAGUGAUUUCUGGAGGGCAGUGGAUGAGAGUGUGGCCAUUUCUGAGCCUUUCUUGAAAGUGUUGAGGGAAGUAUCUGGGGGAAAGCCUGCUGUGGGGUAUAUAUAUGAAUUGAUGACCAGGGCCAAGGAAUCAAUAAGGACAUACUACAUUAUGGACGAACAUAAAUGCAAGACAUUUCUAGAUAUAGUAGACGGAAGGUGGCAGAAUCUGCUCCAUUCACCUCUGCAUGCGGCGGCAGCAUUUUUGAACCCCAGUAUUCAAUAUAAUCCAGAAACCAAGUAUAUUGGAUCUAUAAAAGAAGACUUUUUCAAAGUUCUGGAGAAACUACUACCAAUUCCUGAAAUGAGGCGUGACAUUACCAAUCAAAUUUUUUUAUUUACAAGAGCAAGUGGGAUGUUUGGUUGCAACCUAGCUAGGGAGGCACGUGAUACAGUCCCCCCUGGGCUUUGGUGGGAGCAGUAUGGUGAUUCUGCGCCUGUGUUGCAACGUGUUGCUGUUAGGAUACUUAGUCAAGUUUGCAGCACUUCUACCUUUGAGAGGCACUGGAGCACAUUCCAGCAAAUCCACUCAGAGAAACGCAAUAAGAUUGAUAAAGAAGCACUGAAUGACCUUGUCUAUAUAAAUUACAACCUCAAGUUAGCAAAACAGAUGAGAACAAAGUCAGAAUCUGAUCCUGUACAAUUUGAUGACAUUGAUAUGACUUCAGAGUGGGUGGAGGAGACUGAAAACCCAAGCCCAACCCAAUGGCUCGAUCGAUUUGGUUCUGCUUUGGAUGGUAGUGACUUGAAUGCGAGACAGUUUAAUGCUGCUAUAUUUGGGCCGAACGAUCACAUAUUUGGUUUGUGAUGGUUCAAGGCUAAAUUCCUCAUGUUGUGUAUUGUAAGUGUACCAUGUAAAUUUUAUGCUCCCAGAAUGCCGUGUUCUGUAGAUGUUUGUGCAACAUUCUUCCUCUUAGUACUAGUAUGUUAGGGAAAUUUGUAGCAGUUGCUUCAUUACUGUCUUGCCUCCUGUAAGUAAUUGAAAAUGUUGCAAUGACAUAUGGAGUCUAUCAAUUCUAGUAAUACCUUUGCUCA